UCCACUGUUUCUGCAGAGGAAGAAGAGUAUCAAACUGAAGACUGGACCAACAUGGCGGCCGUUUGCAGACUUGUAAACAAAAGCGCAGCAAUGAGACGCCAGUACCUAUCGUUCAGCUCCGCAGCGAAGGUUGGCAUGAGAGCAGUUCAAACCCUCCCAGAGAGGGUCAAAAUAGUGGAGGUGGGACCAAGAGAUGGCCUUCAGAAUGAAAAGAGUAUCGUUCCAACAGAAACCAAAAUCCAUUUGAUCGACAUGUUGUCAGAGUCGGGUCUGUCAGUAGUCGAAGCCACCAGCUUUGUAUCGCCCAAGUGGGUUCCACAAAUGGCAGACCAGGUGGAGGUGAUGAAGGGGAUCUGUAGGAAACCUGGGGUGUCUUACCCGGUCCUCACCCCUAACCUGAAGGGCUUCCAGGCUGCUGUGAAGGCCGGAGCCUCCGAGGUGGCCAUAUUUGGCGCUGCGUCCGAACUGUUCAGUAAAAAGAAUAUAAACUGCUCAGUGGACGAAAGUUUACAGCGCUUUGACGAGGUUGUGAAAGCGGCGAAAGAAGUCGGCGUGCCAGUAAGAGGCUAUGUGUCUUGUGUUCUUGGCUGCCCAUACGAAGGCAAGAUUCAGCCAGAAAAAGUUGCACACGUAGCAAAGCGUCUGUACUCCAUGGGCUGCUACGAGAUUUCCCUCGGAGACACUACUGGGGUGGGCACACCAGGCAGCAUGCAGGAAAUGCUGACAGCGGUGAGCCGCGAGGUGCCACUCAAGGCCCUGGCGGUGCACUGUCACGAUACGUACGGGCAGGCCCUUGCGAAUAUCCUUGUAGCUUUGCAGGAUGGAUUCACUCUUCACACAUUCCCGAAAGACCCAGUUCGUCAUGAAAAAUGGAUUGCACAGGUGCUAAGGACGAGAGCUUCGUGGGUUCCAAAUGACACGGAGAUGGGAGUGAGUGUGGUGGACUCUUCCGUUGCCGGGCUGGGUGGUUGCCCUUACGCACAAGGUGCCUCUGGGAAUGUUGCGACAGAAGAUGUUGUCUACAUGCUUCAUGGACUCGGCAUCCAAACUGGAGUGGACCUCACCAAACUGAUGGAUGCAGGAGCGUUCAUCUGUCGAAGUCUCAACAAGAAAACAGGUUCUAAAGUGGCUCAGGCGGCCUGCAAACUGUAGGAAAGAAUUCAGUCCUGAGGACUUCCUCACCCUGCAUUUCAUGAGCACACACAAACCCAAAACCUUCAAGGGUUCUCUUGCUCACCCUCAAAAUUUUUGUCUGAUGCGUCAUCUUCCAGUCAUGAGAAGUUCCCGUUGACGUUUGUAUGAUACUGACGUGUAAGAAAUGAUCAUGUUUCCCGAAAUUCUAACUGUAUGGUAGCGUAGCUCAAACAGUGCCUUGAAUCGUUGCACAAACUAUGGAAAGAACCAGUGCCUUCCUCUGUUGUACUUUCAACACCACUAUUGUGACUUUAUUCGCAAUCUUUUAGUAAAAAUAUGAGUGUAAUGGAUCGGCAAAAUGUUGUUGAAAGGUUUUGUUGCUCCUGAAAUCUGAACUUCUAUUAUUUCCUCUGGCUUUUCAAAUACAUUUGCAAUUUUGAGUUUUUCUUUUUAGUGCCGAAUUUAAAGUUAUUUAUUUAAAAAAAAUAAUACUGUUUAUAUGUACAUAUCAUUCUCAUGACUGAUGGAAAUAAACUUUUGUCCAUUGUGA